GUGCGGAGGGGGACGGUCGUCGGGGCGGGGCCCCUUCGGCACCGCGGCCACCACCGCCGCCGCCGCCCCCCGCACCGAGGUCUGCCCGUUCGGUUCCCCCCCCGCCCCCCGCCUCGGCUCGUCGGGGCGGGUGGUGUCCGGCGGUAUGUGGCGGGGGUUGGCGGUGUUAGCCCUGGCCGGGCUUCUGGUGCUGGGGAGGGCGCCGGCGGGGCGGUCGGCGGCCUGCGAGCCGGUGCGCAUCCCGCUGUGUAAGCCGCUGCCUUGGAACAUGACCAAGAUGCCCAACCACCUGCACCACAGCACGCAGGCCAACGCAGUGCUGGCCAUGGAGCAGUUCGAGGGGUUGCUGGGCACCAACUGCAGCCCCGACCUCCUCUUCUUCCUCUGCGCCAUGUACGCCCCGAUCUGCACCAUCGACUUCCAGCAUGAGCCCAUCAAACCCUGUAAGUCCGUCUGCGAGCGGGCCCGCGCCGGCUGCGAGCCCGUCCUCAUCCGCUACCGCCACGCCUGGCCCGAGAGCCUGGCCUGCGACGAGCUGCCGCUCUACGACCGCGGCGUCUGCAUCUCCCCCGAGGCCAUUGUCACCGCCGAGGGCGCCGAUUUCCCUAUGGAUUCUAAUAAUGGCAACUGCAGAGGCACCAGCAUUGAUCGCUGCAAAUGCAAGCCUAUCAAAGCCACCCAGAAGACCUACCUACGCAACAACUACAACUAUGUCAUUAGGGCUAAAGUAAAGGAGGUGAAGACGAAAUGUCACGAUGUCACUGCAGUUGUGGAAGUAAAGGAGAUCCUAAAAUCUUCCCUGGUGAACAUCCCAAAGGAUACUGUAAACCUCCACACGAACUCUGGCUGCCUGUGCCCACCACUCAGUGCCAAUGAAGAGUACAUCAUUAUGGGCUACGAAGAUGAGGAACGCUCCAGGUUGCUCUUGGUGGAAGGAUCCAUAGCUGAGAAAUGGAAGGAUCGACUGGGUAAAAAAGUGAAGUGUUGGGAUCAGAAACUCCACCACCUUGGGAAGGGGAAGGCAGAGCCCGGACACAGCGACUCUGCUCCCAAGCCUGGCAAACCCAGCAGUGCCAGACAAGCACGUAGUUAGAUGUGGGACCACCAUACCUUGACAUGCAGUGGACUAUCUACUAAGACUUCAUUGUUGAAGCAGCAAAGGAGAAAUUGCACUAUUGCACGUUAUAUUCUAUUGUUUACUACGAAAUAAUGUUUUAGCUUACGUUAGUUUUUAUUCUCCCUCUUUGUUUUCUGCCUUUUUUUUUUCCAGAUGUGUGCAAGCUCUGGAAAUACAUAUUUUUUUCUGUUACUAAGAAAGGUAGAAAACUGCCCUUAUGAGAUGGGGAAAGAUAAGGACAAGCUGAGUUUACCAUUUUAUCUUCUCAGUCUUCCUAGGGAGGAAAUUCUGGUGCAGGCAGGAAUGAGAACUGGCAAAGCCCAUCGCUUGCUGUCAUGAUCCACACUGGCUUCCCCCUUUGACUUUUCUUGGUCACUGUUAGCUGAAACUUGUUGUGUUGGGGGGAGGCUAUUGAUCUGGUUUCAAGUGCUUAAAGAUUUUAAUUCUGAAAUAUAUAAAGAAGUGAUGUUUAGAUAACUGUUUAAUCAGUAUACCUUUGUUAAGUUUUCCUACUCAUAAAUAAACCACUUCGUGUAAGCCAAAGUCUAAGUUAAAAUAUUUCCUGUGACAAACACAGUGUGCUUGUACACAGGGAACCUGGGUUUUCCAGUGUUCUAGAUGCUGCAGGAAAGGUUGUAUAGCUCUGUUACUGCAGGAUGUAAUUUAUGACAUACUUCUCUUAUAAUGGCAGUUUUUUCCCCUUUUCUCCUUUUUCUCUGCUGAGUUGUAGGAGUAGACUGACUCACCAGGCCUGCUUCUCAGUACAGGUCUGCACUUUAUCCUUUUAAUUUUGUGGUGUUAUUCUUAAAUCUGUGCCUACAUAAACAAGCGUUCAAUGCUCAGUAAAAUAUGUCCAAUAAAAGAACUGUAGUUGUCAACACAGACCUUAUCUAACUUCUGAACCAAUGUCAUAUUUUUUAUAUUACUGUUCAAAAUAUUUUAAGAAAAAAAUUGUUCUUUUACGGAAUUCAUUGCUGAUAGUGCCAAUAUAUUUGAAAUUA